CAUGGAAACAACAGCCCCGCCCACAACCAUGGAAACAACAGCCCCACCCACAACCAUGGAAACAAAAGCCCCGCCCACAACCAUGGAAACAACAGCCCCACCAACAACUAUACAAACAUCAGCUCCAUCCACAACCAUGGAAACAUCAGCUCCAUCUACAACCAUACAAACAACAUUCCCAUUAACAACCAUUCAAACAACAGACCAAUCCACAACCAUGAAAACAACAGCCCCACCCACAACCAUGAAAACAACAGCCCCACACACAACCAUGGAAACAACAGCCCCACCCACAACCAUGGAAACAACAGCCCCACCCACAACCCUGGAAACAACAGCUCCACCCACAACCAUACAGACAACAUUCUCAUUAACAACCAUUCAAACAACUGUCCCAUCCACAACCAUGGAAACAACAGCCUUACCCACAACCAUGGAAACAACAGCCCCACCCACAACCAUGGAAACAUCAGCCCCAUCCACAACCAUGGAAACAACAGCCUUACUCACAACCAUGGAAACAACAGCCCCAUCCACAAACAUGGAAACUACAGCCUCACCGACAUCAGUACGACCCACUAUCAGAACAACAGCUCUAGUUACUACCAUUCACUCAACAUCCACCUAUACAACAGCUCCAUCAACAACUAUCCAAACAACUGCCCCACCUACUACUGUUCAGAUAACAUCUUCCUAUACAUCUGCUCGUACGACGGCUCCUCUUACAACUGGUCCCACUACCACUAAAAUUACAGUCCCGCCUACCACGGUUGAAACAACGCCAAAGGCAACAACCAAAGUUACAACUGCUCUACCCACAACAAUCCAAACAACAGCUUCAGCCUCAACUAUCGAAACGGGUCCACCCACAAGCAUCGAAACUACAGAUCCACCCACAACAAUCGACACUACAAUUCAGCCCACAACUAUCGAGACAACAGGUCAGCCCACAACUAUCGAGACAACAGCCACACCAUCUACCGCCGAGACAACAACUCGAUUAAGUACAAUCGAGACAACCAGUGCCCCAUUGACCACAGAGACACCUCCUUCUACGACCAUCGAAACAACAGCUCCAUCUACAACUGUUGAGACAACGGCCCCACUAACAACUAUGAAGACAACGACUCCACCCACAAGUAUCGAGACCACAGCGCAGCCCACAACUGUUGAAACAACAGUUCAGCCUACAACUAUCCACACGACAGCCCCUUCAACAACAUUUGAGACAACAACUCUUCCAACAACUAUUGAAACAACAGCUCCACCAACAACAAUCGAGACUACAGUGUUGCCCACAACAGCGGAGACAACAGUUCCGCCAACAACUGUAGAAACAACAGCUCAACCUACAACAAUCGAGACAACAGCCCAACCAACAACCAUUGCAACAACUUCUCCACUCUCUACUAUCCUGACAACCACCUUCCUAAGCACAGCCCCACCAACCACGAUCAAGACAACGGCGCCACUCACUACUUUGAAGACAACAGAUGAUACAACGCAUCUUACUACUGCUCCUACUACUACUAGCGAGACAACAGCUCAAUUCUCUACAAUUGAGACAACAGCCCCAUCCACUACUACACAAACAACAGCUCCACCUACCACUGUUGAAACAACAACGCUCCCAACUACUGUCAAAACCACAGCCUUAACCACUGCUCCUCCUACGUCCAUUGAAACAACAGCUCCACCCACUACCAUUAAGACAACAGCCCCAUCCACUACUACACAAACAACAGCUCCUCCUACAACUGCUGAGACAACAGCUCUCCCAACUACUGUCAAAACAACAGCCUUCACCACUGAGACAACAGUGCUCUCCACUGCCAUCAGGACAACAGCUUCUCCCAUUACUGUUGAAACUACAGCCAUUCCAACUACAGUACUGUCAACAGCCCCUCCCACCACAAUCGAGACAUCAGUACCACUAACUACUAUAGUUUCAACAGCCCCUCUAAAAACUACUUCUAGAACAACAGCCCCUCCCACUACUAUUCAGACGACAGCACCUCUAUCUAGUAUCCGGACAACAGCUCCCUUAACUACCAUCCAGACAACAGCCCCAAGUACAACCUUGGAGACAACAGCCCCUUCAACGACUGUGGAAACUACAGCACCCUUAACUAGCAUCCAGACAACAGCCCCGGCCACUAGCAUCCAGACAACAGCCCCUGUUACUACCAUUCAGACAACAGCCCCUGUAACUAGCAUCCAGACAACAGCCCAGACAACGGCGCCGGUUACUAGCAUUCAGACAACAACCCCUGUCACUAGCAUCCAGACAACAGCCCCUGUUACUAGCAUCCAGACAACAGCCCCUGUUACUAGCAUUCAGACAACAGCCCCUGUAACUAGCAUCCAGACAACAGCCCAGACAACGGCACCGGUUACUAGCAUUCAGACAACAGCCCCUGUAACUAGCAUCCAGACAACAGCCCCUGUAACUAGCAUCCAGACAACAGCCCAGACAACGGCGCCGGUUACUAGCAUUCAGACAACAGCCCCGUCCACUAGCGUCCAGACAACGGCCCCGUCCACUAGUGUCCAGACAACGGCCCCAUUCACUACGGCACUUUCUACCACCAGCCAGACAACAAUUUAUCCCACUACCAGCACAAAAAUAUCUCCUACAACCACACAGACAACAGCCCAGGGCACUUCUGUCAACACAACAAUUCUCCUGACCACUGCUCCUACGACUACCUUUCGACCCACUACAGUUCAGACGACAGUUCUCCCAUCUACCAUCAAGACAACUGUCAACUUAACCACCGGUGCAUCAACUGCUAUUCAGACGACAGCACCAACAACCACUGCGAACACCACAGUUCUAUCAACUACGAUCAAGUCUACAGCAAACGUAACCACUGGUUCAUCUACUACAAUGACGACAAGAACGCAAAGGACUGCUGUCAACACAACAGCUCUAGAAACCACACCCAAAACGACAAAUGUAACCACUGAGUCAACAACUACUGUCCAGACAAGAGCUCACGCCCACUGACAUCGUAACUACCGCUUCAACCACAACUGACAAGAAAACGGCGUCCGUUCCUCCUGAUAAAACAACAGCUCGUCUAUCUAGGGCUACGACAUCUGCACCCAUUG